UUGCUAUUGGCUAUGUGUUCACGGACUGCGGCUGACAAUCUUGGAGUGCGUUCAUUGGCUGUUGCUAGGCUGCGUAGACGUGCCUUUUUCUCUCCGCAAUAUGGCGCUUAACAGGAACCACCUGGAUGGCGGAGGUGCAAUAAUUAACAACAGCGAGAGUAUCCUUACAUCCUAUGAACAUGUGGAGCUCAUAUUUAGUGAUAUGGAAAACACCCCAGAGGCUUUCAGAGGGACCAAGAAAGGCAGAGUCAUUCUGACACCCUAUAGAGUGAUAUUUGUGUCCAGAGGGAGGGAUCCUCUGCAGUCGUUUAUGAUGCCCUUCUACCUGAUGAAGGACUGUGAAAUUAAGCAGCCUGUAUUUGGAGCCAAUUUUAUCAAGGGCAUUGUGAGAGCUGAGACUGGAGGUGGCUGGGAAGGAUCUGCUACAUUUAAACUAAACUUUCCGUCAGGGGGCGCUAUAGAAUUCGGCCAGCAUAUGCUACAUGUGGCUUCUCAAGCCUCACGAGGAGGAGCCCCAAGUGUUACCUACCCGUAUAUGCCCAAUGGAGGCUAUGUCUUCCCACCUCCUGCAGCCAAUGGCAUCUACCCACCACCACCUGCUGGUUAUCCCUACCCGCCACCACCCAGCGAGUUUUACACAGGAGCUGGCCCACAGGACGGAGCCCUUACCUACAUGCAUCCUCCACCUCCCCCUUACCCUGGACCUAUGGAGUCUCUCUCAGCCUGUGCACCUGAUCUGCCUUACACUCCAGCAGCAGAAGCCAAAGCUGCAGAAGCUGCAGCCAGUGGCUACUAUGGCCAACAGAACCCUCCACACUCCUACCUGCCAUCGGACCUCCCUCCACCACCCCCUUACUUCCCACCAGAGGACAAGAAAACCCAAUAAAUGGAACAUCCUGCUUUCUGGCUUGUAUUUCUUGGCCACAGGGGCUCUUCUUCAUCUGUAAAAUAGAGUGUGCCCUCUGUUGUACCACUGCAGUUCUGUUAUUUCCUUUACACACACAAUUGAUGGUUAAAAAUCAAACUGCUUUAUAUCUAAAAGCUAGUUCUGACAGCAGCAUGCUUGUUUAACUGCUCUGUUAAUGCCGAAGUUUGCUGUUUGCUAAAUACAUCGAUGUUCCUUUAGCAGUUCUCUGCUGAAAGCUUGUUUAGCUUGCCCACUUUGGCCUGUUUUCAUUUAGCCAUAUUAGGAACCCCUGUCUGAAUAAGUGAAUCAAACCGUCUUAAUUAUUUGCACAGGUUAAG